AUGAUGCGCGGUGGACCGUUUAAACUCCAGAACGCCGACCCCGAGGCGGCGGCGACGGAGAAAAUGAAGAAGGAAGCCAUCGCGCGCGUGAAAUCGUGGGUCGAGGCGCGCCUGCCGAGUGAACACCUGACGAAUCGCGAUGCGGUGGUGGACGUGAGCGAGGUGCAGUGCGGGGACCCGAAUUGCGCGCCGAUCGACGCGGUGGUGAGGAUCAUUUACAGGGAGUCGUGCGGGACGAUCUUCGGAAUUCCGUGCGAAGUGCAAGACGUGGAGGAGGAAGACAUCGAAUCGCAGAUGCCGCCGCCGGGAGUGAUCGAGGAUUGGUAUCUGGGGAAGCCGACGCCGUGGCCGCCGGAACCGGAACCGCAGGAGCCGGGACCGGUGCCGACGGACGCGUUGCGGUUCGCGGUGGGCGACCGCGUACGGUGCCGCAUCGGACCGGGCGAAGAUGGAUGGGCCGCGGGGACGGUCGUCGCGCAUUGGUAUCGCGGAAGCACGUGGCCGACGGGACAGUACGCACCGUAUCAAGUGCAGCUCGAUCACGACGUGCGAACGACAGAACCCGAGGCAGAGGUCGAAGACGCCACGGACACUUCCGUCGAAGACGCGACGAAAGAAGUCGAAGCUGAGGUCGUCGAACCUCACCGAGUGAUGACACCCGAGGCCAUCGAGACGAAGAAGGCAGACGUGGACUCGGACGACGAAGCGCUGGCGGAAAUGACGCGCGUGUUGCAAACUUCUUUGAGUCCGCGCGCCGCGGCGCUCAUCGCGAAGGGCUUUGUUGAUCUAGGAGUGGAGUCACCGAGAGAUUUGCGCCGCGCUGUGGCGAAACGAUCGAGCGCGAUGAUUGGCAUCGAAGCGCUCGCAACGAUCUUCAACGGAUUGAUGUGUUUCAGUUUGUUCUCGCUCGCAGCCGCGGCUCAGUUCUCCGACUUCUUCAUACCGAGCUUCUGGAAUUACGUCGUGACGUUGUUAGGCAUGGUUGGUGCCGCAAUCUUCGCAGUCGAGGCGGGCGCGCAUCUCUUCAUCACCGCCGUCUACGUGUACAGCACGAUUCGAUUCGAGACGACUGAUUUGAGAAAGUUCGUGCAAUCCAUGCAACGGAUCGGCGAUAACGAUCACAUCAUCGGUGUCGUACCGCAAUCGUCAACCAUCAAGCGCGCGUCCACGCUCGUUCACGUCGUGAACGUGUUGAAUAACCUUCGCGACGCGUUGCAUUCCGAAGCCGAAAUCAUCACGCCGACGCACAAGAGCACUUUGCACAACUUGGCGGCGUACUUCGAGUACUCCAACGCUCAAGCGAAGCAAGGUUUCAAACCAGAGGACUAUGGGCUUGACUCGAAACAGUGCAUGGCAAUUGCCUCUCUGUUUUCUGAAUGGGACACUGACGGAAGCGGAACGCUGCGCAGCGAGGAGCUCUCAAAGCUCCUUCGCUCGCUCGGCGACGACACGAUCAAUGACAUGGACGUCAACAUGGCCAUGCGCAUCCUCGACAAGAACGAGACCGGUGAGAUCGACUUCGGUGAAUUCGUCAAGUGUAAUCCGACGCUCGACGCGCGCGACGCGACGCCACCAUCGACGUCCGCGCCCGAUGCGGCGGGCGCCCGCGUCGAGCUUCGAUCCGCCGAGACGAUCGACGUCCCGCGCGUGAUGAAUUCGAUGUUUGACGAGGGCAGGGACGGGGAUUUGGUGUUUUCGUGGCAGUUGAUGUCGGGCACCGCGAAUGCGGGCGAAAGCAGCAGACGCGAAGCGACGAACGCGUUCUUCGACGCGUUUUCGGAGACGUACGCGCGGUGGGAACCGGCAAGGGCUAGGGGUGCAGAUGAAGGGGACGAUUCAGACGUCGGGUGCGCGGUCGCGCAUCCUCGCGCGGUGACGCUCGCGGCGGUGGAGGACGCCGCGGGUCUGGGGGAACGGUUGGAGCGUGCGCUCACGGGCACUGUCGACGUCGGUGGAAUCGAGCAGAGGAUGGCGAGCAUUGGUGUAGAAACCUUUCGAGCUCUGGAGAUUAUGUCGAGGUCGGCGCACAACAGAGUGUUCAUGGAGCAGUGCGGGGCGAGUCGCGCGUUGGCAAACGCGUGCAAAACGUGCGCGCAGCGAAUGUUGACGUUCAGCGCGGGGGCGGCGUCGGCUUCAAAAGAAAAUUCAAUCGAGGCUGGAGCGCUGUUGGAAGCGUUGCAGCACGUCGUGGAGCACGCGGUGAAUGUGAUUGAUUCUUUCUUGGGCGACGCUUGGGCACUUCGUUCGUUCAACGAAAACGGCGCUUUGUUGGCUUUAAUUGAAGUAUUACGUGCGGAAAAAGUGGUCGUUGGUCGUGUCCACGGUGACGUCCGUAAGAUGGCAAUUUCAAUAGAGCGAAUGGCCAUGCGCGCGAUCGGGCGCGUCAUGCACGGCGAUGCCGCCGUACAAAAGAGCAUAGCAGGAGCAGGAGGCUUGGAUAUUUUUUUUGAAGGCGUGUACCCAAUCGAGGCUGACGUCAGCGUCGAUAUCGCGGGGUUCGAGACGUCGCUCAUGAAUCUCGAAAUAUCGCACACGCUACUUGCUGGUAAUAAGUCCAACGUUGAGCGCGCUCAAGGCAUUGGUUUGUUUACGCGAGUGGCCCGUCUGAUGCGCGCGGCGAAUGAUUUGAGCGAAACACUCGUCUCAGAUGAGGCGAGCACGUCAACGACGGAAGGCGAAGUCGCUGGUGUUCCAUGGAGCGCGCAGCUCUUAGACGACUCCCUACGUUGUCAUGAAGUCAUCAUCACGGACGGAUAUCCUAGUGAGGUGAUUAAGAGACUGUUGAAAUUCGUCCAUCAAGACACCAGCGCCGCUGGCGGUUGGGCAAGUAAAGGAGCGAGGGAAAUGAUCUUAAAAUGUCUCUUCGAUUCGAUUAUUGAAGCGUGCUCGAGUUCAAAAGAGUCAUUCAAGAGCGAUUCAGAGUGUGUGAGAUUUAGAGCACACGUGUUACGCUUUUUUAGUGACGCCAUCGAUAUAGAUCCCGCGGUCUUGCGCGUGAUGCGUCAAGCACGCGCGUGGGACAUGUUGUUAGACGCCGAUACGUACGGCGCAAUUCCUUCAGUGGAUCACAAAAAUGAAUAUGAAUCGGUGUCAGAGAGCACGACGUCGAUCUUACGGCGUCGUGUACAAAUUCAAACCGCGGCGUUACUUCUCAAAGCUUGUCAAAUUGCCGCCGAAUUGUCUGAUUGUGUGGACGAAUGCAACGUUCUGAUCGGCACCAUCACGACGAGAGCAAUACAGCCGUCGGUUGCGAUUCGGCUUUGUCGCGUUCUAGAGCUUCUGCUAAUCGAUUCGUCGCACAGUGUGUGUAAAGCGUUAUCCGAGGUGGAAGCUCCAGGUCGACUUGCGGGGGCGUUGAACGCGCAAUUGAAAUGCUGGGGGUGUGACCAGGUAGCGUUCAUCGGUGAAGUAGGAGCGACAGCGAACUCCGCUGCUUUUGGUUCUACACUAAGCGCACUGAGGGCGUGUCUGAAUGGUCCGGACGUGCUCGCGGCGUCGGCACUCAACAACGAUGGUGUUUCUGACUUGAUUUUCAACGAGCUUUUGUGGACAAACACGACUCGCGAUUUAGCCAUAUCGGCCGUCGUAUCUUUGGUGGGGUUGCGUCUGCACGCUCCAUCACCUCACGCCAGCGGCGCGCAUCGUGAAGCAUGGUCAAGCGUGGCGCGCCGAUUCAUCCAGGCCCUUCCCCGUGCACGAGGUACCGAUAUCACGUUGUUAUCGGCGAUGCUUUCUGGGUUGCGUCAAAUGUUGAACAAUCCAAACGGCUCCGGAGACAGUCUGCGAGAAUGGAUAUCGUCUGAAGACGGCGCAGAGUUUGUACAAAUCGUUGCGCUUUGCGAUGGUGACGCUGGUGAAGAGGUUGGGUUGGAUGUCAUAGCGACGUUACAGGCAGUGAUCUCUAACUCGCAUUCGUCAGCCUCAACGUUUGAGCGCUCAGUUGGAUACGACACAUUGAUUGACGCCAUACAGUGCGCUCGCGGCGCGGGUCCAGUAUCCAAACCUCUGUUCGACGCCCUCAUGAGCUUUGUUAUUGAUGACGACUAUGGCACAGGGGGCGAGUCCAGCGGCAUCGCUUUGCGGAACGCUAAGGCGCUACAAAUGCUGCUCACUCUGAUAGGAAACCUCGGCGCGUCUGACGAGUUAAAGGAUGAGCUUCUCAAGGCUUUUAAGCAGAUGUUGUCAGCGUCUGUGACGUCAAAAGCCACCGCAGAUGCGGCUGGUGUUUUAGACUUCUGUCUUCAAUGGUACGUGGAUGCGAAUCGCCGGCAAGCAGUACUCGAAGUCAUCGCGCUUUGCAGCUCGUUUUCAAUGUCCACCAAGCACGUGCGUCAAAUAUUCCGUCUGUUGCAGGGCGACUCCAUUUCAGCGGACGAUCAAUUGCAGCUGCUCCGGGUCCUACAGCACUCCGCAAAGCGAGUUGGUCCUUCUACAUUUUUCGAUUUCACUGGACCUGGUUGCGGGAUUCACGUUAAUAAACAACUAACUCUUCCAGUACGAAACGGCUACACCGUCUCGAUGUGGUUCCGCAUCGAGCGGUUUCCGGAGUACGGCGGUCCAGUGCCGCUGUUUUCUUUACUAUCGGGCGCUGGUAACGGCAUUUUAGGAGAGUUACAUGCGAACAAGCUCACGCUUGGCAUUCGAGGAUCCACGGGCACAGUUGAUACCGCGUCGAUCGACAUCACAGUACGAGAGAACGAGUGGACUUUCUUAACGAUUGUGCACCUUCCGGUGCGAAUGUCGCAACCCCUGGUUCGUGUCUUCCUCGAUGCUGGCAUGGUUGGUCAGGCGAAGUUGCGUUACCCGAUCAAGUCCACGGAAGCGAUAUCGUAUUGUCGCAUUGCUUCCGUGACGUUCGACGUUAGCCUAGAGAACGCGCACGUCAAGGUGUCACCGUUUUUCGGCCAACUGGGUUCGACGCAUAUAUUCGAUGAUGCCCUUUCGCAACCGGCGAUUGCGAUGAUUCAUGCACUCGGUGCAGAUUAUGUCGGACGUUUUAAGUCAACAGAAUCGCAAACGGAAAGAAUCCUUCAGGCAAUCAGCGUGAACGCUGUCGAGGCUCGCGAUACUCGCGAGUAUCUCGCCGAUCAUCGACUGAUUAGUAUAAGCGCAGUCACCGUCGCCGGUCGAAGCGCUCAGUCGGAGGUGUACGACGUGAACGAAUAUGAUUUGAUCGGAGGGGCGAAAGUUUGCGUCACAAACUCAGUCAAAGACGUCGUGCACUGCCUCGGUGGUGUUCAAGUCGUUCUUCCAAUCUUUUCUGACAUCCUGCACGCCGCCGAGACGUCGAAACGGCGACAAAUUGUUUGCGAAGGGGUUCAUCUGCUCGUUGCUUUACUCGAUGGAAGCAGACUCAAUCAAGUUACGUUAACGUUGUGUGAUGGGUACGCCUUGAUUGCAAAUCUUCUGCGAGAGAAUGCAACGACUUUACUCUGUCCAGAUUUACUCCCAGCACUCGACAGGCUUCGUCGUGCGGGCGGGAUCGAGCACGAAUCGGCAUCGGCACGCAUCGUCGUUGAUUUGCAUCUUUGGUCCCUCGCCGAUGACGCCACUCAAAAAGCGCAUGGCGAGUACUUGUUGAGUUUGGCGACCAAACACUCGGAUGGAUUACGAUUUCAUUUGCCAACAAGUGAUCUCAUCGAUGCCCUCGAUUUCACUCCAGGUGCGAGUGGAACGUCUCGUCGUCGAGUUUUGUUGGACGUGUUGAAGCAGCUUGUUAUCGACGCCCCGAAUCAGAUGAUUGAGGAAACUGCGGAAACUAUCGUUCACGUCAUCGAAGAAUGUGCCGACGAAGACACCGUUGGUGAUGUUCUGCGCUGGCUAGUUAACUGCAUGCAACCGGGUGAGGAAGUUCAGCCCACGCUCUACCAGGCUUUCACCAAGCUCGGCGGACCACUGCUGGCGCUAUCGCCUUUGAGCAGGAGCUCCAGGCGAGUCCGCUCUUUCGCUCUUCUGUGGCUUGCAAACUUGAUGCCUCCGCUCGAGGCUUCGAGCAAGAGUUCUGGGGGUGCCUCUCAUAUAUCUGCUGCUUUCGGCGCGGCCGCUGGUGCGCUGACUGCCACUCUCGGCGGCAAGUUCACGGCGACAGCGAGUCAGGAUUUUGAAGUCGGCUUUUUCACUGCAGUCGCGAACGCCCUCGAAAAAUUCCCCCUCGAUAUCGCUGAAUCCCGCUCGGCGCUCUUUGAGCUUUUACUUGGUGGCCAGGCGCUACCAGCGGAAAAAGUAGCCGAAAGGUUGAACAGGGAAAAGAAUUCAUCCGUGCGAGCUGCGGCUGGCAGGCUCUUUGCCAAAGUCACAGGCCACGGAAACGACGCGCAAACCAAAGAUAAGGAGUGUAUUAGCGUUGGUGUACCCGGUAUAGUCAAUGCAGGCGCCGCUGGGGUGUUGCUUCGACUGAUGAAUUCAAGCGAUAAUGCGGAAAUGCGUUUAAGCGUGCUCGAGCUGCUUCUCCAACUCGUGGAAGGUGCAAGCGUGAACGCACAGGCUGUGCUGGAGCAGCGAGGCUGGCAGACUUGGAUCCUCCCCAUCCUCAAAGACCACAGUGACGAAACGCAAAACGACGAGAAAUCGAUGGCUCGACGAUUAAUAACGGCACUUCUCUCGCACGCGGUGCUCAAGACUGACGAAGGUCACCAGCACGUGUCGAACAUGCUUGGCGUCAUCGACAUUCUCAUCAAACGCGGCGUCUUAGCCGAUGAGUCAGACUUAGCGCAGGAACUCCUUUCGGAUUUGCUUGAGUGCAUUCUCCCGACGCGAGCGUCUUCGUCCGAGCAAGACGAGUGGUCUGAAGUGCAAAAUGUUGAGUCACCGAUAUGUCGUCGCAACCUUUCGAGACUUUUGCACAUAUUCGACUCAAUCAUUUCCGACACGUCCGCGACAGCGGCCGCGCUUGGAGUACCGAGUGCCUCCGAUGCAAAGUCCAGCGUUAAGAAGAUCUCUUGGAGAUUUUACGACAACUUAUGGAACCUAUUAGAUGCGAUCUCUCCUCCUGGUCAUCCCGUGGACGCGCCCGAAGAGACGGCGGAUGCCGUAAAAUCCACAAACAUGGCUCAAAAGCUGCACAGGCGAGCGAAGAGUAUGAUUCGUGAUUUACCAUUUUCGAGCAAUAGCGAGAGCGAGUUUGAUAGCGUCGAAGCCGUUGAGGCUCUGCGCAAGACUUGUCAGCGAAUGGGAUUCAGGUUGACCUUACUUUACGUGCGAGCGAGCGCGCUCGAAGAGUUGCAGACAGCACUGAAUACGUGCAUUGGACUUCUACCAUCAUUUUUGGCCCCAGUCUUGGUCGACAAGGAUGGAAAAGCGAUGGAUACCGCGCCGCUAGGGAACAGAGCGCACUUGUUUAUCGCGGAUUUGAUGCGUUACGUCGAGUUUGCUAAAAAGAGUGAAGAUCCUGAUGCGUCAACACGGUCGCAGCUCGUCGUAAAUCUCGUUCGACUCGCAUCUGAGGUUGGUAGACUUCUGCUUUCAGAUUGCGCGAGCGUCGAGGAGUGCGCGCAUUUGGACGGCCGUGAUUUGAUUUCUGAACAAAAGGUGGCAGCCGCCGCAGCGAUCGAGGCCAAAGAGUCUAGGAAAGUCAAAGAGCUGCGCUCAAAAGUGAGUGAAAACUUUCUUUCCGAACGUACGCGGCACGAGCAAAGGCAAGCGCAAGCCGAGACGGCACUGUUAGAGACUCAUAAGUCUAAAUUGGGUCCGGUAAGCGAGCGCGAGCGCGCACGUCGCGCGAUGCAGCGUCUGACGUUUGAAGAACGUUGCGAUGUGCUCGCUCGUCGGUGGUCCGCGAUGUUGCGCGACUUACAAGGUGAGCGAGGCGCGUGGGCGGCUGAAAACUGUGAUGCAAAGGCGCACUGGAAACUCGACAAGUCUGAGGACUCAUCGAUGAGACGAUCUCGUUUGAAGCGCGAUUAUAAGUUUGUGCAGUACGAAGACAAUCAAAAAGGUGGCGAAUCAACAUUACAAAGCGAUGUACAAGAUAUCCAAGCGGUUCGCCUCGUCGGCAUGGGUCAAAAAUGGAAGAUGAAUUCGGAUAGCGACUACGUUGAUGUCGAUGAUGUCGCAGACGAACUCGCAGAAAAACUCGCUGUGGACAAGGAGAACGCGAUGCACAAUAGGAGUAAAGUCGUGUUCAGCACGCCGGCAUCACUCGUGACGCUCACGAGAACUGUACUGGGUAAGCUCAAUGUCAGUCGUGAUGCCGUUGUAUUUGCCGCCGAUCGUACGCAUGAGAGUGCGAAAGAUCAUCGAAAACGUUUCUGGCGAUGGAGCUUGAGUGAAAUUGUCGAG